AUGUCGGGUACGAAAGAGUUCAAGUCUGCGCUCGCGCUAUUGACGACCCUUCCUCGAUGCAAAGCUGUUCAGAUCCAGCACGACACCCCAAGCAGUGGCUGGCUCCUAUGCGACUACCAAUCCAGUCGACGGGAGGUCCGUGACAAGACCAUGGCUGUCCUGGGCGACGCGUUGCGCGAGAAUCUGGAGCAUGGUCUUGUCGGCUUCAUGCUUUCUUCGCACACGCAAUGGUACGAGGAGUACCGCCUAUGCUACUUCGAAGAACAAGAGAAGGAGGUAGAGAAGGAGACAGAGGAAGAAGAUCCACGCGCAGAGGCUGAGGAAGAUGGCCGACCAGCAGAGGUUGAGGAAGAUGGCCGACGCAUAGAGCUGGAGGAAGAAGGCCGCGGCCAUGAAGAGACAGAAGAUGCAUACGCAGGCCAGUCCCGAGACACGGUUCGUGAUGAGUAUCGCUCAUGUGGGCUUCCUCGGCCUAUUCCCAAGAAGAAGGCGGACAUUGUGGCGGCUCUGCAGAAGGACGAUUUGAGGAGGUUGGAGUAG